AUGAGUGAAGAUUAAUAAAAGAAAUCAGAGUAAGAAAACAACUCAAGCUAAGAGGCAUCUAAUCAGCAAUAAGAUUUCUCUCAGAAACUAAUCGGGUCAUUGAAUGCUGCUACUUCUAAGUUUUCAAAUGUGUCUGAGUAAUACUCUGGAAAUUAUCAAGGGCUUCUAUCAAUGUACAAUUAAAAAUAUGAUCAAGGAAAGCAGAUCUGCUGUCUAUAUUGGACUAAAGCCUAUUAACAAUUAGUUCAUGCUAAAAUUUAGGCAUAAUACACAGUUUUACCUUACUAUAAACUUAUAUAAACUGAGAAAAACAAAUUGAAGAAUGAACUUAAGACUUAAUACAUCAGAUAAGAUAACUAAGAUUUGAGGAAGAAUAUAAUCAAUUUUGGAACAUUUGCAGUAACCUUUCUCUCAGUAGCUCUACUUAAAAAAGGAUAUCUAAGGUAUGGGUUGAGGAAUGGUGUAGUCUUUUACUUUGGAGCUUCAUAUAUAAUCUGUCCAGAAAAAUUAAACCCAUUUUGA